AUGGCCAAUACCCCAGAUUUGGUACUUGAUUCCAAGCUGGAAACGUAUUACCUGCCCGAUUGUACCGUCGAAACCGUCCAUGCGUAUCAUGAACCUAACCCAAACUCAAGACGCCGGCUUGUUACCAGGACAGAGCAUUGGCGGCGAGAAAAGAAAAUCGGAAGUGGUGCGUACGGAAGCGUAUGGUUAGAGAAGUGCACACAGGGCGCUCGGUCAGAUAGGGAAAUUCGAGCUGUGAAACAAAUUGAGAUCAGUGGGCGGUUCGGAGCUAUUGAUUACAACCGCGAGCUCGAGGCUAUUGCCAAGUUCUCGCACUCAAGGUAUGAACGAUGCUUCGUCAAGUCGCUAGGUUGGUACGAUAGCCCGGAAUAUCUGUUGAUCGCAAUGGAAUACCUUGAAAUUGGCGACCUUUCGGCAUAUCUGAAUGAGAAUCCACCAUUGCCAGAGGGGCAGGCCCAGGAGCUCGCCUACCAGAUUUUGGAUGGUUUGAAUAUGAUGCACGACAAUAACUUUGCUCAUCGAGACUUGAAACCAAACAAUAUUUUAAUACAAUCGCACCCGCCAGAUGAAUGGUGGAUCAAAAUCUCCGACUUCGGUAUCAGCAAGCGUAUAGAAGAAGCCCCGGGCGCUUCUACAACCCUACGUGGAACAUCUAGCUAUAUAGCUCCCGAGCUGUAUGGUUUGAUUAAUCGUGGUACCCCUUUUGCCUCAGAUAUCUGGGCCCUUGGUCAGAUUGUGUUUCAGCUUCUUACCAAAGAGAUGGUAUUCGAGCACCUGGGAUCUCUUGCCAGCUAUGUUAUGCAGGCAAAUAAGUUUCCCACUGGGCGUCUUGCCAAAUCCAGUGCGCUAAGUGUUGGAUUUAUCAACUCUCUUAUGUGUCCUAUACCAAACGACCGAAUGACGGCUGCCAUGGCUAUUUCACACACAUGGAUACAGUCAAAGCCGAGCCCUUCCAAUCUGGAGACUAUGAUCUCUUUAAACACACAAGAAUCGUCUCCAAUUAAUUCAGUGCCGGCUACUACGGCCAUUUCGCACACAUGGGUAGAGCCAAACCUGAGCCUUUCUGGUUCGGAGAAUAUCACCCCUCCAUACACGCAAGACUUGUCUACAAUCAGUUCAAUGACGGAAACCUCUAUUUCGUGGAAUACAAACCCAUCUUAUCCAGCGCCAGAGAUGGUUGAUGAUGUUCUAAACAGCAAGGUUGACCCCCAUCAUAUAGAUAUCCAGCUGUGGCGAAAGUUUGACGUCGGGAACCUUUAUUCUUCUGUGGAUAAUAAGGUAACUUUCUCGCCCAAUGGUGAAUGGCUCGUCAUCCCUGCUGGCAGACAAACAAGGCUUUACAAUACUUUAGACGGAACCUCGGUUAGCACGCUCAUCGAAGAAGAUGACUGCAUUCAUAUUGCUGCUUUUUCUCCAAAUGGCGAAUAUUUAGCGACACAUGGGAGGUGGCUUAUAAUCUGGGGUGUCGCUCCGGGGCUAAGGUUCCUUCACACAAUUUUUGGUGUGUGGUACAGUGUCCAAUGCAUUGCAUUCUCUCAAGACAAAAAAUUGGUGGCUUGUUCAUCGGCAUCUAGAGUCGAGGUUUGGGACGUUGAGUCGAGUGAAAAGCUCUUCAUGUUCGAACAUCCGAAAUCCAAUGGAGUGCCCCUAACAUUCUCUCCCGAUGGCCUACGACUGCUUCGGUAUGUCUCUGUUGAUAAUCGAGUGUGGAUCCAAGAUUUAGAUACUGGGGACUUUUUCGUUUCUUCAAAAUCGACAACUUUCAGAUCGACAGGGCCGACCUUUUCCCCGGGCGGAAGAUAUCUCGCAUACUCCUAUGGGGCCGUUAUUUAUGUUUUGGAUUUAACGAAGGAGACCUCGAAAGUUGACCCUCCUAAGGUGGGCACGAAGUCAUAUCGUCGCAUCACUGGUUCUUGGGUGGUGGAAUGUCCAGAUCAUUGGGUCAAAGUGCAACUAGAUGAUCAUAUAGUCGGCCCUUUGGCUUUUUCUCCCAACGGAAAUUUCCUCGCAGCCUGUAUAGAACACAACGGCAAAGAACUCUCGGACAACUGGAUCUGGACAAUUGUCCUCUGGAGUGUGGUUCAAUCCGGAAACGGGACUUUCAAACUCGAAGAGCUUCACAGAUCUCGCGACUUUGAUCAAGGAUAUAAAAUUGGUUCACAUCCACAUUUGGCAUUUUCCCUCGACGGAACAUUAUUCGUAUCAUCCAACUUCGGCAAAGAUAGCAUUGGUGUAUGGAGAGCUGAUACGAGAGGAUAUUUGCUCAAUGACUAG